AUGGUGGGUAGCAAUUUGCUGUCAACGGUGGGGGUGGAACCCGAGUGGGAGGGGAACACGAGCGCUUUGUCCGUGCACUGCUGCAGCAGCUUCUGCCGCAUCGACAAUCCCAGGCCUGCUGCAGAAGCAUCAGCGGCGGUUGUGUCUGUCCUCUGCUCUCCAGAGCCACCUGCUGUCACCCAUCUGCCACCUGCUGUCACCCAUCUGCCACCUGCUGUCACCCAUCUGCCACCUGCUGUCACCCAUCUGCCACCUGCUGUCACCCAUCUGCCACCUGCUGUCACCCAUCUGCCACCUGCUGUCACCCAUCUGCCACCUGCUGUCACCCAUCUGCCACCUGCUGUCACCCAUCUGCCACCUGCUGUCACCCAUCUGCCACCUGCUGUCACCCAUCUGCCACCUGCUGUCACCCAUCUGCCACCUGCUGUCACCCAUCUGCCACCUGCUGUCACCCAUCUGCCGCCUGCUGUCACCCAUCUGCCACCUGCUGUCACCCAUCUGCCACCUGCUGUCACCCAUCUGCCACCUGCUGUCACCCAUCUGCCACCUGCUGUCACCCAUCUGCCACCUGCUGUCACCCAUCUGCCACCUGCUGUCACCCAUCUGCCACCUGCUGUCACCCAUCUGCCGCCUGCUGUCACCCAUCUGCCGCCUGCUGUCACCCAUCUGCCACCUGCUGUCACCCAUCUGCCACCUGCUGUCACCCAUCUGCCACCUGCUGUCACCCAUCUGCCACCUGCUGUCACCCAUCUGCCACCUGCUGUCACCCAUCUGCCGCCUGCUGUCACCCAUCUGCCGCCUGCUGUCACCCAUCUGCCACCUGCUGUCACCCAUCUGCCACCUGCUGUCACCCAUCUGCCACCUGCUGUCACCCAUCUGCCACCUGCUGUCACCCAUCUGCCACCUGCUGUCACCCAUCUGCCACCUGCUGUCACCCAUCUGCCACCUGCUGUCACCCAUCUGCCACCUGCUGUCUCCCAUCUGCCACCUGCUGUCACCCAUCUGCCGCCUGCUGUCACCCAUCUGCCGCCUGCUGUCACCCAUCUGCCACCUGCUGUCACCCAUCUGCCACCUGCUGUCACCCAUCUGCCACCUGCUGUCACCCAUCUGCCACCUGCUGUCACCCAUCUGCCACCUGCUGUCACCCAUCUGCCGCCUGCUGUCACCCAUCUGCCGCCUGCUGUCACCCAUCUGCCACCUGCUGUCACCCAUCUGCCACCUGCUGUCACCCAUCUGCCACCUGCUGUCACCCAUCUGCCACCUGCUGUCACCCAUCUGCCACCUGCUGUCACCCAUCUGCCACCUGCUGUCACCCAUCUGCCACCUGCUGUCACCCAUCUGCCACCUGCUGUCACCCAUCUGCCACCUGCUGUCACCCAUCUGCCACCUGCUGUCUCCCAUCUGCCGCCUGCUGUCACCCAUCUGCCACCUGCUGUCACCCAUCUGCCGCCUGCUGUCACCCAUCUGCCACCUGCUGUCACCCAUCUGCCGCCUGCCAUCGUACCUUCAGGCACCACAUCUCCCUCCCUCCCCCGAUUGUCUGAUAUGCUCUCACCCCAUGCCCCCUUCUUUCAUGCCGCUCUCACUCACUGUGAGGUGGAGGGUCACAGGGGGAGGGACGGGGAUGGAGCGAGAGAGGGGGAGGGUUUUGAGAGUGAGGCAGAGGGUACACGGUGGGGAAGGGACCGAGGGGAAGCCACAGAGGGGAACGGACCGAAGGGUUUAGGGAAGGGACCGAGCAUUCCGCCGUCCUUCCUAUCCUGUAUCCUUUCCAUCCCCACCGCACAUUACCCACAAUCCUACCCAUCUCUGAUCCCUUCCCCGUGCCCUCCAUAUUCUUACUCCUCACUCGACCCUUCUGUCCGCCCCUCCUUCCCCCUUCUCAUUUCCCGCUGUUUCUCUUUCACCAUGCAGAUGUUGCUCGAUGGACCCUAG